GAAAUCAAGUGACCUCCCUUCAUUAGAGUCAGAGAGUUCCGGCGCUUUUGCGGAGCGGGCUAGCCGCUAGUGGGGAAGGAAGAGAAAAGUUUUCUUGGGUAACGGGUGAGAAGUAGAGAUGGGAAGGCGAAUACUAAACGACGCAUUGAGAACGAUUGUUAAUGCAGAGAGGAGAGGAAAAGCUACUGCACAGUUGCAGCCCAUAUCGACCGUCAUGACUUCCUUUCUCAAAAUCAUGAAGCAUCGAGGAUAUAUUAAAGAUUUUCAAGUAUUUGAUCCACAAAGAGUGGGUAAGAUAACUGUUGAAUUACAAGGCAGGGUCAAUGACUGUCGGGCCCUCACGUAUCGACAAGACAUCAAGGCAAGGUACAUUGAAGAGUAUAGGUUACGCACACUUCCAACACAACAGUGGGGUUAUGUUGUUAUUACAACUCCAAAUGGUGUUCUGGAUCAUGAAGAGGCCAUCAGACAGAAUGUUGGAGGUCAAGUUCUUGGUUAUUUUUAUUAAAUGUUUAUGUGGUAGGACAAAAAGAGAGAUGAUUUCUCAUGUCUUUUGUGUGAGAGACUAGUUAUUCUGAUAAGAGGUUAGCUUCCCUCUGCUCACCAGUUGUGCUCAGCACCUUUUAUCAAUUGAUGAUAAUAUCAAACUUCGGUUCUUUGUUCCAAUAAUUCUUGAACAUCAAUGUUAGAUAUUUAUACUUCAGCAUGACAAUAUCACUCUCUUUUGAUGUGGA